AAGUUAAUACACUUGCAUGAUUGAAAUAAAGUGAUCUAAAAAGGUAAACUUCUCGCUGAUUGCCCUUUCCGUGAAAGUGUGAUUGCUCUGAUUGGUUGAUAAAGGGUAUCCUUGAAUCAUCAGAGCAAAGCAAGAUUAAAAUAAUUCAUAUAAAGCCUAUAAAGUAAGUCACUUAGUACCAAAGAGUACAUUGUUAUACUUUACAAAUGUUGCCCUUUGUGCUUCAAACUAGGCUAGUCUAUAUGAGACUUUACAUGUUUUAGACUUAGAGUCAUACAUGUCAGCCAAACACUAUUUUGCUAAAUACUGCAGAUAAUUAAUUUAUCAGUGUUCAUCAUUGCAACGCUUGUUGCAAUAACAAGUGUCUGUUGCAAUUCAAACCCCGGGAGAACUGUGGAAAUAAAAGUACACAUGGAAUAGCAAACUCGUUAUGCUCCCAUUGACGUCAGAUAAAAAAGUUAAAAAGUGAAGAAAAUUCUGUCUAAAAUGUGACAAAUAUUGGAGUAUUUACCGCAAGAAAUACAUAAAUUAUAGGAUUUAAUACUACAACAAUAUAUAACUUAUACAGAGAAUCAGGAAUGACUGGUACCUGUGCUCCUAAAAGAAGAAAUUCUGAACGACGGAAGGAGAAGUCGCGAGAUGCUGCUCGAUCACGUCGGGGAAAAGAGGCGGAGGUGUUCUAUUCACUGUCCAGCCAGAUCCCCUUACCCCCCAGCACACGGGCUCAAAUGGACAAAGCGGCUGUCAUGAGGAUUAUACUCAGCUAUUUGAAGAUUCGACAAGUUUUGGGAGACUGUGAAAAGUACAUCCCAGAAGUGGAAACACUUGAGACAAAGAUUGACCAUCAGUAUAUCAAGGCCCUUGAUGGCUUUGUGAUGGUAAUGUCAUCCGAGGGGGAUAUGUGGUACCUCUCUGAGUCGAUCUCUAAACACCUUGGACUCACACAGAUUGAUUUGAUGGGUCAGUCAGUAUUUGAGUAUUCGCAUCCAUGUGACCACGAAGAGAUUCAAGAAGUACUUUCUGGGACACACCACGCAGAUGAUGAAGUGGAGCGCAACUUCUUCAUGCGCCUCAAAUGUACACUGACCCCAAAAGGACGAAAUGUAAAUCUGAAAUCUGCAACAUAUAAGGUGUUAAAAUGUUCAGGUCGCAUAAUAACUACAGAGGUAGAGGGAGCCAAUAGUGAAUCUUCAACGGUACGGAGCCUCGUUCUGACUUGCGAGCCUAUCCCUCAUCCUGCCAACAUAGAAAUGCCGCUGGACACACAAACGUUCCUCAGUCGGCACAGCAUGGACAUGAAAUACACAUAUUGUGAUGAGAGGGUUGAGGAACUGUUGGGUUACGAAGAGGCUGACCUAUUAGGCAAAUCAGUAUACAGCUACCACCAUGCCUCCGAUCACAGUGAUCUCGUCAAGUCAUUCAAGAACUUGUUCUCCAAAGGCCAGACAAUGACAGGAAGGUACAGAUUUCUGGCAAAAGAUGGCGGCUAUGCUUGGGUGAUAACACAAGGAACAGUCAUCCAAAAUAACAGGUCCCCAAAGCCGCAAUGUGUUGUUUGCGUUAACUAUGUCAUAAGUGGGGUAGAGGAAAAUGGAGCCAUAUUCUCCCAAUGUCAGAAGCGAGAGAAGGUCAAGGUCACUAGAAAACUACCAGCGCUGCCACCUAGAAUGCAUCUCCAAGCAGAGAUGGAGACUGUCCUUGGCAGCAGUGAUCCAGAGUACUUGGAUCGCCUUGCACCUGCUGCAGGAGGAGUGUGCGUACCCCUGGGAUUCCCUGGAGCAGGUGUGAACUUGUAUGAUGACAUCUUGUUCCCAAGCCUACAAGAUCACUCUUACGAAAAGCCCUUGAAUGUAAAAGUUGAACCCACACAGAAGCCCCAAGAUGCUGAUUAUCGCUUCCCAACAGCGAUAAGUAGCCCUAGCGAGACCAACCAAUCAUCUUUGAGUUCUCCACAGGAUCCCUGGGAAGACACUUUCUUUGGUGAUGUUGUACCAAUCAUCGACAGUCUGAACAAUGGAAGGAGUCACUUGGAACCAAUCAUUCCACUUGAAGUGAUGAGUCUGUCAAACUCCCCCCAGUGCAGCCCAGGAAGUGACAGCUACAUUGAGAUUGAUAUGUUGGAGAGAUUGAAUGCCAUGGAGGCCCGCUUCAAGCCUGGAAUCAUGCCUGAUAAAACACAAGACUCCAUGGAGGAUGUUGAACUGGAGAUGAGGUCUCCAUAUAUCCCUAUGUCUGGGGAAGAUACCCCAUUCUCAAGGGAGUCUGCCUUCCAUCCAGUCUUCAACAGAGACACUGGGGAUGUAUCUAUCUCUGUCCCAAUUCUUGGCCGUACAGAGUCGGUGUUCUCUCCUUUACCACCAGACCCGGAAACAACGUCAAAGUCACGCUCGUUCCUGACGAAUAUGCGACGACUUCAGAACAAACGAAUGGCUUCUGAAAUGUUGCCCAAUAGGAAAGAACUGAUCCCUAAGACACCAUUAUCGACUAAUCAACUGGAGACGGGGCCUCCUACUAAAAAACCCAGAUGGCAUACACCAGCUCAGAAGGAACAGUCAAAAAUGGCUAACAGCGUUUUACUGAAUCUUCUGACGACUGGGGAGGACAUCAACAAUGGCUAUACCGUGAGCAGAGGACCACACAAGAAGCAGAUUCUUGGCACAACGGGUCCUACUAGGCCUUCUUCACAGUCUCUGGGCAAACAUCUUCAAGGCUUGAUGCCUAGUAUCACCCGUAUGGAUGCGGAGGUUAAUGCUCCGUCACAUGGCCUACUUCAGGGGAAAGAACUUCUGACAGCACUGGACGGUUCAGCCGCUGAGAAAGAGGGCAGCACCGGACCUCUCCGUACCAUCAACAUGCGAGAUAUCUUAUCUCGUUGAGAACUACGUCAAGUCAAAUGACGCACAUGUCUGUUGUAUUUUUAGUGACGCAUAGCCGUUUAUAGACUGUAUUAAAAUGGUAAUUAGAGUACAGAUAAUUACAAACUGAGUAUUAUCAGUAAUAUUUUAGAUGUCUUG